GUGUUGGACUACCCCACCCAACAGCGGGUCCUCUUGCCACUCCUGGCUCACGCCUACGCGCUCCACUUCGCCGGACAGCACAUGAAGUCCGCCUUCCAUUACUACCUCGACACCCAAGACGCGGAAGCUCUUCCGGACUUGCACGCCACAAGCGCUGGGCUUAAGUCUCUCGUAACGCAGGUGGGUGAAAAAGAUGGGUCGUCGCAUCUACUGCGCUCCCUCGCCGCGGCCCGCGAGGGCAAGCGCUUGAGCGAGGCGUUCUCAUACCUCUCCCCGUCUCCUACCCAACAAGGCGCCGCAACCACGACCACCUCGCCCGCCGUGAGCGUGAGGAUAGGCGCCCAACUCAGGAGGCCGGAGACCCAGCUGCGACUGUUCCGCGGCCGCGCCCGCGCAGCGGUGUUGGCGGCGGAGGAGGCGGUGCAGCGGGAGGGGCAGGGGACUGCUGGAGCAGGGGGGGGGGCGGCGGCUUGGCGGGAGGCUAUGGUAGGGGCCGCGGUCGAGCUCGGGAGAGCGACCCGCGCACACUGCCAGCUGCACCUCGUGGAGAGGUGCACGGCGGGGGUGGAGCAGCAGCGGGAAGCGGCGGCGGCGGCGGCGGCGGCGGCGGCGGCGGCGGUGGCGAGCGGGGAGGAGCUCAACACCCGCGAGGUCAACGUCCUGUCGUCGCUGAGGGACUUGUUCGCGCUCUCCAUCGUCGAAGAGAACAUGGGUGACUUCCUCGAGAGCGGCCUCCUGGAGCCGGCGGCGGCGGCGCUGGUGAGGCGAGAGGUGCAGAGCCUGUGCCUCGAGCUGCGCCCGGAGGCGAUCUCGCUGACGGACGCGUGGCAGUUCACUGACAAGUACCUCUCCUCCGCCCUCGGCAGAAGCGACGGGCGCGUGUACCCGGCUCUCAUGGAGGCGACCAUGGCGGAGCCCCUCAACGCCACCGACGUCGCCCCGUCCAUCACGAGCAUCCGGGAGCUUAUCGGCGUCCGGCCUAACCCUCGCCUAUAGCGCACCUCGACUGCAAGUAGAGCGUGUUUUGCGUUUCGCGAAGCAAGUCUCGCCUGUAGGGCGCCUCGACCGCGAGUGUGUUUUGCGUUUCGAGAAGCAUGUGCGAAGUGUCUCAGGGGUCGGCCGCUCCUGAUAUUUUCUUGUUGGUGUUGGAUAGAACUAAAAAUGGGCCUGUGUUUCGUCUCGCUUUCAAGACACUAUUCCGCUCUUGUGCCCUUCCUUGCCUCUCUGCCCGUUCUCCUUUCUGCUUGAUAUUUUCCCCUGCAGACCCGAGUCAUCCGUGCAGCCUAUGUGCCACUGCUUUGUGCGGUUCGCCAUGUCUUGUCCUUCGCACCCGGCGUAAGGGGUUAGAAUAGGCAAGCCGGUGGGGUGGAGAGAGGGUGCUUGAUGAUGGUGUAGGGCUUGGGGCCCUGUUGUCGUUGCAGUCUUUUGUUUGGUCGUGCUCUUCCGCUCUGGGAAUCGGUUUGUUCCCGGGAUAUCUCGUGCCGGGUAUCACAACCAAUCAAUCCGAUGUCCCCGCACGGACAAUUCAUCGAUUAGGUGCAGCAGGAUUUGUAGUGUGUCAUCUUGGCGGCGUUACGAACACCGACCCGAUACAGGCACGCAAAGAACGGGGAAGAAAUUAAUUUAUUUGUGGAAUGUCCUGACACCUUUGAAGUGCGUUACUUGUCUGUCACUCUCUGGAGGAAACUUCCUUGCAAGCACUCAUCGUUUCCUUGAGCAGCUAACCUCAGAGUUGGGCCGUCUCUACGUUGUCCUCGACUAUCAAUGCACACCCAGCGGUGGUGAUGACAGGGGUUUUGUCCCGUGGCUCAUGCGGUUUGGGGGCGUAUGGCGACGGCGGGUUGGAUCAGAGGGAAAGUGGAGGCUGACGGUCGCGUGGAAAUACCGCGCGCAGUGUGCAUGAACACACGUAUCGGCUAGGGUAACAUGAAGCCUGAGUGUAUCGG